CUGAGAGGACCGGCUGAAGCAGCUCUGUGUGUGUGUGUGUGUGUGUGUGUUUGGGGGGGCUUUCUGUCGGAGAGGGUCGCUAGAGCUGCUUUAACUUCUUCACAAAGACUUUAUUUUUAAAAAAAGGUUCAUUAAAACGUAUUUCUGACACGUUAGGAGUUCAACUCAUCACUCCGAGCAAAGUCAGGCCGAGUGUCCAGUGUGUCCGGUGGCAGAGCUGAAGGCUUCCUGUGGGCAGCAUGUCUUCUGAGACUACGUCCCCUGUGCAGACGGCCCCGUCCACCACGCCCCCUCUGUCCCCCAGCUCUCCGAUAUCGCCCAGCACCCUGCGUCUGCCCCACUGCCGUCAGAGGGACCGCUCCCCCUCGCCCAUGAGGGGCUACCUGAUCCCCAGCCCGUUGCCCACCCGCCGCAACCGCACCUGCUCCGCCACUGCUCGAGCCUCGGAGGGACCCGUCUUUUCUGGGGUGUGCAAGUGCUUUUCACGAUCUAAAGGGCACGGCUUCAUCACGCCGUCGGACGGAGGUGCUGACAUCUUUGUGCAUAUCUCCGACAUUGAGGGAGAGUAUGUUCCAGUAGAAGGGGAUGAGGUCAGCUACAAGAUCUGCUCCAUCCCACCGAAACAUGAAAAGAUCCAGGCGGUGGAAGUGACCAUAACUCAUCUGGCUCCGGGCACCAAGCACGAGACAUGGUCAGGGAUGGUGGUCGACUCCUGAAAAACGACGGCACUCUGAACUGCCGGUUUGAGAGUGGUGGUGGUUUCUGGAAUGGGGGCGGGUAGAUUGUCCUCUGUUGGGGGUGUGGUGGUUAGAAGAGGGCUUAAUGGUAACUAUGAGCUGACAGCAGGUGGCGUCAGAAGAAAAAUAUUGACCAUAAUGCUUGCCUUUAUUGUUCUUUCUUCGGUGAACUUGUUUCCAAUGAUGAAGUUUUUUUUUUUUAUGUGCUGUGAGAAAUCAUUGCUGCUGGCUAUACACUAACAGCUUGUGACUCAGUAUCAUAAAGGAUUAUUAGCUGUUUUUGUGGGUGGAUAAGCUGCAAGAAACAGACUGUAUGCUCUUAACAAUAAAGCCUUAACUCAUCUAA